AUGGCCGAAAGAAUGGAGAAGUGGGUUUCGCAUUGGAUGCAAGUGAACCGAGAGGGGAAAUGCGAGCUCCCGCUUCGGAAGUGCGUCCGGGCUUGGGAAGGGGAAGGCUUCACCCUGAAUGCGUCGACGGUGUUGGAGCCGCCGUGCGUGUUGCUUCAUCGGUGCGACAUGGACGCCGGCUGCUGCCGUUCGGGCCUCACUUGUGCGCCCAACCCCAAGUUCGGUCAUCACCGCGUCCAACUCUACUUUUCGGUGCACGUGAAGGUCGGGUCUCGAUUGGAGAGCCGGGGUGUACAUAGCUUAUGGUUUACGAAUCACACCGCAUGUGAAUGCAGGGAUCCGAAGUUGGACAGUAUGCCCAGGGAUGCUCCCAGCGCGGACAUCUCUGCCUUGGAGCUUGAAAAAAGUCCGGAUUCUGACGAGAAAAGCAAGGAAAAUGGACGAGAGCGGCACUGUCACAGGAGGUUGAGAUGCCCUAGUGACUUUGCAGAACGCGUAACGGAGUCUCGGAGCACGUGCGAUUGCUUCCACAAUCACAGGCCUUGCCUGAAGAAGAAACGAGGACGGCACCGACUUUCUUCUCAAGAUCGCAAGUGCAUCGCCGAGGGGACAUGUGCCGAGCCGGCUUGUCAGUACGGCGCAUACGACAGCGAUCAGGGGAAGUGCCCAAGGAAAGAAGAGCUCCACACUUACAAGUCCUAAGUCCUCCUGCAACAUGUGAUAAUGCUCUUUUUGUACAAAUCUAAGCUCCGAAUGAUUCAUGGAGACCUGGAUGACACAAAAUAAACGAUCGGAAGAAGAAAUCGUGAACCCACAUUAAAUCUCUUCCCUCUUCGCAUCGGAAUGAACGAACAAUGGAAUGAAUGAAGACAUGCUUCGGGAAGAAUGCAAAGAGUCAUUUUUAUCGCACAAGAAGAAAUGUCUCCUUUUUUUUCCAUCUUCAUAUGAAUGAAAACAUUUUAAAAAACAAUUCUUUUCGCUUGUGAACCGAGUCGGGGGGACGAGAGCGGAAGAAGUGGGUGGGAGAAAAUUACGUUCUUCGUUCCACCAGCUUCAGGAAACUUGGAG